UUAUUUGUUUCAUUCUGCAGUCAUCCAACAUUGGAGAUAUGUAUCAGAAGCCGGUGUGUAGAGAAUCUUCUAGUUAUCUGGACAGUGAGAAUGAGGAAAUGGACAUGUCAAGAAUAUUGAAGGAUAUAGAAUACUUGGGUGCCUCUAAUAUGUCCUGGAAGGAGAGGAAAAAGUUGCAGAACCAGAAUGUUGUUGCUUUGGGUGGAAAGCCUCCUAAGAAGCAUAGAACACCGCUUAGUGUGGCAAAACCAGCUAUAAAAAAUCAAAAGCGUAGAGAACAAAAGAAAAUAGAAGAGGGGUUGGUUCUUGGUCGAUUUGUUAAGAAUGCUGCAAAAGGCAAUAAUAAACCACAGAAGCUAAAACCUGAAGACAGAGUGUUGAAGGCAAGUGAAGGUUAUUUCAGGAAAGGUGUGCUUAAUGUGAAUCAUCUGUUGGCACCAACUCCACCGAAAGGUGAUGGAUCACAUAUCAAGGUUGGUAAAGGAAAGAAGAAAGGGAAAGGGAAGAAAAAGGGUAAGGGAAAUAGGAGAAGGGGGCAUUAAGUGCUCCACCUUUUUUUUUUCAGUUGCCUUUCUUUGGACUGCUUUAUAUGAAAUUUUGGUAUGUAUUGACACUUAUUGCCGAGGAACAUCUCACACAACUUUAAGUUUUCCUCUUUUAAUGCUUUUUGAGUAAAAAAGGGAAGUAUUCUUUGGAAUUAAAGUUACAUGAGAUGAUAUUAGUCCAAGAAUCGAUCUCAAAAGUUUCACGUCAUUGUCAUGGCACUUGCUGCAGAGUAUGUAAUAGAGAUAAAUAUAUAAAUACAUCAUUUCAUCUAGGUUCUUUUGGUUGCUAAA